CAUUCAUUUAAAGUGUUUUUUUAUAAUAUUUCUUAUUUUAUUAAUAAACAUUAAAAUAUAUUUAAAUUUUAAGUAAAUUAUAUAAUUGUAUUAAGUUUAACAUAAAAAUGGAAAUAAAUAUAACGUGGAAUAUAUGUCGCGUAUGUUUGGUGGAAGAACCGAAAAAACAAGGUCUAGCGACAGAUGAGGGAUCUAUAAUGCGUCAUCUGUUCAAUGAGGAUAAAAUGUUGGCUAAACAAAUCUAUGAAUGUUCCGGCAUUAUGAUGAAACCCAAUGAUAGUUUACCCGAGAAAAUAUGUAAAAAAUGCUUUGCAAUGGUUAAACAAGCAAUGAAUUUUCGGAAAAACUGUCGAUCCUCUGAUGCGUUUUUACAAUCUGUUUUGCAACGCACCAAAUCGACUAGUAUAUUGUUUAAACCGGAAAGGCCUCAAUUAGAAGACUUUGAAGAGGAUGUAGAGGAAACCAUAGAGGAAGAUAAAAAUGAAAGCAUUAACACUGUAGAAGCUUCUACCACCGUUAAAAAAGCAGAACAAAAACGUUCGACCACACCUUUAGAACAUACGCCUAAAAAAUUAAGAAAGGAUUCCCUCACCAAUGAAAUAAAUAGUAAUACCGAUGAUCUAAUAGCUCAUGAAAUUGAAGAAGAGGAAAUGACGGAGCAGGACUUACAUAAUAUAGUAGAAAUGGAAGAAAUAUUACAACCAAAUGUAAUUGAAGAAAAUCACAAGCAUAAAGUAGGGGAAAAAGGGGACAAUACAAAUAUUGAUAAACAAACAGUAAAUAAGCUUAAAGUUAAAGGAUCAAAAGAUGAUUCUUCCCAAAAGCAACUACAAGAUUUUCAAAUUGAUGAAGUUAAUGCCGAAAAGGAAUUAAAUCAAAUGGAAGAGGAAAACUCAGCAGAAAUCAACAAUCAAGAAUUUUUCUUACUUAAACACAUUAAAGAUGAAAACGAAACUAAUCUCCACGAUGCUAAUAAUGAUGAUGAUGUGGAAGAAGAAGAGCAGCAGGAAGAACAUAUAGAAACCGAUGAACAAGAAGAUCAAGAAAAUGUACAAUUUCUACCCCUAGAAGAUGAACCAGAAGAAGUUGAAGAACAACUUAUGUUAAAUUCUGAUUCCGAUAUGGAAGAUAAUCAAGCACAAGUAAGUUCAACUGUUAUCACCAAACAAGAGGAGGAAGAAGAAGAGGCAGAAGCUGGUUUUAUCGAAUUAGAACAAGAAACCAAUUCAAAUUUAUCCAAUGCCAGUCAUAAUUUAUCCACUGAAUAUAUAGUAGAUGAAUAUUUAAUUGAUGAUUCCAAUAAUAGUAAUAUAUCAUCACAAAAUUCGGGUGUGGUAGUGGUUAAUUCAAAAAUAUCUAAAUUUGUAACAACCACAAGUAAAAAACGACAAACCGAUCCUGAUAAGACAAAUCAUAAAGAUGUCACACAACAACAGCCGCAAGUAUUUGUUUGUGAUUUAUGUGGCAAUACUUUUACCAGUCGUCAGCUAAUAAAUGCACACAUGAAAGUACAUCGUCAGGAAAAGAAUCAUCAAUGCGAAUUGUGUUUUAAACGUUUUAUUACUGCCUGCAAUUUGCAGGCUCACAUGCGCAUUCAUACGGGAGAAAAACCAUUUGAAUGUCAAUAUUGUGGUCGACGUUUUAGUGAUCGCAGUUCUAAUCUAAGACAUGAAAGAACCCAUACAAAUGAAAAACCUUUUCAAUGUAAUGAAUGCGGCAAAUCAUUUUCUUUAGCCACUACUUUAAAAAAGCAUCAAAAAGUUCAUACGGGAGAACGUUCCUAUAGAUGUGAACCUUGUGCAAAAUCUUUUAAACUACCACAUCAAUUAAAGGCCCAUAAAAAUACUACUUUACACAAAGCUGUAGAGCAAUUAGGUCUAUUAUCUAAUUAAGCAUAUUAAGUUAUAUAAUUUGUUUACAAAUUUAUAUUAAUUAUAAAGAAAUUAAUUAUUAAAUUUGAAAUUAUCGAUCGAAA